CGGCGGGCCUGGCGGGUGGGCCUGGGGUGCGGAGAGAACGCGGCUUCGGUGCUCGGAGAGCCAGGCCUUUCCUGGGCGCUGCGGAGCAGGAGCAUCCAGCUCUUCGGGAGGGCCGGCCUUGUCGACCGGCUGCCGUGUAUAAACUCUGCUGAGGAUGAACGGGCCGCGCGGGCGCGGGUACCGGCAACCACAAAUGGGCUGUCCGUACGCCCAGUUCAGUAGGAUGUCCUUUGGCUAGACCAUCAUCGGCAAGAGCCCUGAGUGUAUUCCGUUCAGGGACGUUAGUUUCGCUCUGAUUUGCAAGGAUUAGUGUCGUCUUCUUUUUCUUUGACUUGGUCCACAUUCCAGAGUUUCUUGCAAAUGUCCUGGACGAAUUCAUGGGCAAGUUCAGCAAUGUCCGCAGAUAACCGAGAACCGUUUCUUGUGAAGUUUUUAAAGUGUUCAGAUAAUUCCGAAUGUUUUUUUAAAGCUCUUGAGUCAAUGAAAAAAUUCCAAUCAGAAGAGUAUCUUCAGAUUAUUACCGAAGAAGAGGCAUUGAAAAUAAAGGAAAAUGAUAGAUCUCUUUAUAUCUGUGACCCUUUUAGUGGUGCUGCCUUUGAUCACCUUAAAAAGCUUAGCUGCAGAAUUGUUGGUCCCCAAGUAGUCUUAUUUUGUAUACACUACCAGCAGUGUGUCCCAAGAGCUGAACAUCCAGUUUAUAAUAUGGCUAUGUCUGAUGUAACUGUAUCUUGUACAAGCCUGGAUAAAGAGAAGAGGGAAGAAGUUCAUAAGUAUGUACGAAUGAUGGGUGGACGAGUAUACAGAGACCUUAAUGUAUCAGUAACUCACCUCGUUGCAGGAGAAGUUGGUAGCAAAAAAUAUUUAGUUGCUGCAAAUCUAAAGAAACCUAUUUUGCUUCCUUCUUGGGUAAAAACACUUUGGGAGAAGUCACAAGAGAAUGAAAUAACUAGACAUACCGAUGUGAACAUGGAAGAGUUCAGGUGUCCUGUUUUUCUUGGUUGCGUGAUCUGUGUGACUGGUUUGUGUGUCCCGGAUAGGAAGACAGUUCAGCAGCUCACAAUCAAGCAUGGAGGCCAGUACAUGGGACAGUUGAAAAUGAAUGAAUGUACACACCUGAUUGUGCAGGAACCAAAAGGUCAGAAAUAUGAAUGUGCCAAAAGAUGGAACGUACACUGUGUGACCACACAGUGGUUCUUUAACAGCAUUGAGAAAGGUUUUUGUCAAGAUGAGUCUAUAUACAAGACAGAACCUAGAGUAGAAGCAAAGACACUGCCUGAUACUUCAACUCCCACUGGUCAGACCAGCACUACUGAUAGCCGUACUCUUUCAGACGUCAGCCACAUUUCCAAUAUAAAUGGAAGUUGUAUAAAUGAAUCCAUAUGCAAUUCAAUUCAUAAUAGCAAAUUGGAACCUACACUCGAAAACCUAGAAAAUCUGGACAUCAGUGCAUUUCAAGCACCUGAAGAUUUAUUAGAUGGUUGUCGGAUAUAUCUUUGCGGUUUUAGUGGCAGAAAGCUAGAUAAACUGAGAAGGCUUAUUAACAGUGGAGGUGGAGUUCGUUUUAAUCAGCUUAAUGAAGAUGUAACUCAUAUUAUUGUGGGAGAUUAUGAUGAUGAAUUGAAGCAGUUUUGGAAUAAGUCAGCACACAGGCCUCAUGUAGUGGGAGCAAAAUGGUUGCUGGAGUGUUUUAAUAAAGGUUACAUGCUUCCUGAAGAAAUGUAUAUUCAUGCCAGCUACAAGCCAGUAGAAAUUCCAGCUUCAGAUCAGCCUGAGAGUAAAACAGCUCUUUCAAAAAAGAACAGCAGCUUCUCUAAGAAAGACUUUGGUCCUAGUGAAAUGCGUGAACAAGCUGAUGAGGAUCUGCUCUCUCAAUAUGUAAACAAUAACUCCACAGUAGUGGAUGCUAACAAGUCUGAAGCUGCAGAGUCUGAAGUUGGGCCCUGUAAUGGUUCUACUCAUGUUGAGCCCUUUAAUGAUUCUACUCACAUUUCUCUACAAGAAGGAAACCAAUCUUCUGUCAGUCAUUGCUUCCCUGAUGUUUCUACAAUUACUGAAGAAGGCUUAUUUAGCCGAAAGAGUUUCCUUAUUUUGGGUUUUAGUAAUGAAAAUGAAUGCAGUAUUGCAAGCGUCAUAAGAGAAUAUGCUGGAAAGGUUGUGUCCCUUCCUAGCAGAGUUGUUGCUGAUUAUGCUGUGGUGCCUUUGCUGGGAUGUGAAGUAGAGGCAACUGUGGGAGAAGUCGUUACAAAUACAUGGCUGGUUACUUGUAUAGACUAUCAGACCUUAUUUGAUCCAAAGUCAAAUCCUCUCUUCACACCAGUCCCAGUCAUGACAGGAAUGACGCCUUUACAGGACUGUGUGCUUUCAUUCAGCCAGUAUGUUGGAGCAGAAAAAGAUUCUCUGAUAUUCUUAGCAAAUCACCUUGGAGCAAGUGUUCAAGAAUACUUUGUUCGCAAAUCCAAUGCAAAGAAAGGCAUGCUUGCCAGUACACAUCUUAUAUUGAAAGAACCAGUUGGUUCUAAGUACCAAGCUGCAAAGAAGUGGAAUUUACCAGCAGUCACUGUCGCUUGGCUGUUGGAGACCGCUCGGACGGGAAAGAGAGCAGAGGAAAGCCGUUUUCUGAUUGAAAAUUCACCCACAGAACAAAAGUUGGAAGCUGAAAUAACAAAUGGAGAGACGCUAAAUCCACAUACUUCAGUGUGCCCUGCCACCCAUGUGGAGCCUAUCAGAAAAAUGGCCAUUACACCUUUGGAUAUGAACCGCUUUCAGAGUAAAGCUUUCCGUGCUGUACUGUCACAACACACUGGGCAGGUUCCAGCCUCUUCAGCAGUAGAAAAGCUACUUCAGAAGGAGCCCUCAGUACACCUGGACACACCAUCAAAAUUUCUGUCUAAGGACAAACUCUUUAAGCCUUCCUUUGAUGUGAAGGAUGCACUUGCAGCCUUGGAAACGCCAGGAGGUCCCAGCAAGCAGAAAAAGAAACUGAGUCCACCACUCUCGGAAGUCAUUGUCAGAAAUUUGAAACUUGCUUUGGCAAAUAGCUCUCGAAAUGCUGCUGCUCUUUCUGCCAGCCCUCAACUGAAGAACACCCAAUCAGAAAAGGAAGAAGCUCCGAAGCCACUUCACAGAGUUGUCAUAUGUGUGAGUAAAAAACUCAGUAAGAAGCAGAGUGAGCUGAACGCGAUUGCAGCCUUCCUAGGAGCAGAGUACAGGUGGAGUUUUGAUGAGACAGUGACACAUUUCAUCUAUCAAGGCCGGGCAAAUGAUAGCAAUCGAGAGUAUAAAUCUGUAAAAGAAAGAGGAGUACACAUUGUUUCAGAGCACUGGCUUUUAGAAUGUGCCCAGGAAUGUAAGCAUCUUCCUGAAUCCCUUUAUCCUCAUACUUACAAUCCCAAAAUGAGCCUGAAUAUCAGCGCAGUGCAAGAUGACCGACUCUGUAAUGGUCAAAUACUUUCAGCUGUUUCUGCAGUAAAGGACAGUGAGCUUGCUCAUUUGCCUAUAGAAGAAAAUGAUGUAGACAAUAUGACUACCAGUAACAAAGAAUCAACACUGUCAAAUGGAAGUGGAAGGAAUGAUUCUAAAGGAGCUCUAACACAGACCUUGGAGAUGAGAGAGAACUUCCAAAAGCAGCUGCAGGAGAUAAUGUCUGCAACCUCCAUAGUGAAACCUCAAGGACAGAGGACUUCCCUGUCAAGAAGUGGUUGUAACAGCACCUCUUCAACCCCAGAAAGCACCCGCUCCACUCGCAGUGGGCGGAGUCGAGUCCUCGAGGCGCUGAGACAGUCUCGUCAGAUAGCACCUGAUGUUAACACAGAGCCCUCCCAGAAUGAGCAGAUCAUUUGGGAUGACCCUACAGCUAGGGAGGAGAGAGCAAAGCUCGCCAGCAAUUUGCAGUGGCCUAGUUGUUCCACACAGUACUCAGAGCUUCAGGCUGAUGUUAAAAAACUGGAGGAUUCUCCUUUUCCAGAGCCUCUGUGCGAUUCAAAAAUUGCUGAAAAAGUGUCACAUUGCAGCACUGUACUGCCCUCAGCUGUCUGUGAUCCUGGAAACAAAUGUGGGACUGAAGCCCUAAAACACCCCAUCUCUGAAGAACUGGAAACUCCAACAAAAGACGAUCACUUGAUCCCUACGCCUCAAGCCCCAAGUAUUGCCUUCCCUUUGGCCAACCCACCGGUGGCUCCACACCCUAAAGAAAAGAUUGAAACAAUAGAGGAGACUCGUGAAGAAUUAAAAAAGCAGUACAUAUUUCAGUUGUCAUCUCUGAAUCCUCAAGAACGUAUUGAUUAUUGUCAUCUGAUUGAAAAACUAGGUGGGGUAGUGAUGGAGAAGCAGUGCUUCGAUCCCAGCUGUACACACAUUGUUGUGGGACACCCACUGCGAAAUGAGAAGUACUUAGCUUCCGUGGCAGCUGGGAAGUGGGUGCUUCACCGCUCCUACCUGGAAGCAUGCAGGACUGCUGGCCACUUCGUGCAGGAAGAAGACUAUGAAUGGGGAAGCAGCUCCAUACUUGAGGUGUUGACUGGCAUCAGUGUACAACAGCAAAAACUAGCGCUUGCAGCAAUGAGAUGGAGAAAAAAGCUCCAGCAAAGACAAGAAACAGGCAUUGUUGAGGGAGCAUUUAGCGGGUGGAAGGUUAUUUUACACGUUGACCAGUCCCGAGAAGCAGGAUUCAAGCGUCUUCUUCAGGCAGGAGGGGCAAAGGUGCUACCUGGUCAUUCUCUACCUUUAAUUAAAGAGGCUACCCAUCUCUUUUCUGAUGUAAAUAAACUGAAACCAGAUGACUCAGGAGUUAAUAUGGCAGAAGCUGCUGCCCAGAAUGUGUACUGCUUGAAAACAGAAUACAUUGCCGAUUAUCUUAUGCAGGAAUCUCCUCCUCCUGUAGAAAACUACUGUCUACCAGAAGCUGUUUCAUUUCUUCAAAAUAAUAAGGAACCUGGGCCUGGCUUAUCACAAAAGAGGAAAGCCCCUGCAGAGAAAAAUAAAACCAAACGGUCUAGAGUGUACUAAUCAUAGAGCCAUGCUUUGGUUGCCAAACGUGAAAUGUUUAAGUUAAUGGCCUCAGUCCUCCUGUGGUGGCUUUGUGUAAUAAGGGCAAGUGCCUAAAGAAUUGCUUCAGAAAGUAAUGAUGAUGCCAUUUGAAGUUUUUAACACCUGAAAUGUAAUCAUUGCAAUACUGUUCCUUAAUUUAAAAGAACGUUACCUGUAGUAGCAACAAAGUACAACUCCUUAGCUAGCUUGUUUUUAAAACACACCGAUGGGUACAAAGCACUGUUUACUUUUCUUGUUAGCAAUUGCGGCUGUAGCUCAGUGGAAGUUGCAUGAUGAUGAGUUUUGCUCCCGAAUAUCUCCGUUAAUUCAUAAAAGCAAAAGUUGUCAAUUGGGAGUUUUCAUGUUUCCCAGAUUUUUAUUUUUUCACCAUUUUACCUCUUUAAUAGGCACCUGAGCACCUAUUAAAGAGGAACCCGGGGCUCUAACCCUAUAUACAUGUGCUGUAUAUAUGUAUAUGUAUGUUUGUAUAAACCUCCAUGGUGUUUGCCAGCUUUGAGCACCAAAACUUGGAAAAUGUGACAAUAAAGAAUAAAACAGUGACUCAGAUUA